GCUUACGAGAAUGUUGAGAGCCAAACAGGCCCUUAGCCGUGACUAAGCUGUAUAUAUACACUCAUAUAUGACUAGAGUUUAUCUCUUUCGCCGCAGCUGAGAUUACCCAAAUUCAUCUCUCCGUUUGCUUCCGCAAGUUUUGAUCUAUAUCAGAGUUGUGUGCAGUUUCAUAAUGUCUGAAAGUCAGGAGACUGAUAAGAACAUUGAAAUAUGGAAGAUCAAAAAGCUUAUCAAGGCUCUUGAAGCUGCUCGAGGAAAUGGAACAAGCAUGAUUUCUCUAAUCAUGCCUCCUCGUGAUCAAGUAUCUCGUGUCACAAAGAUGCUUGGGGAUGAAUAUGGAACUGCUUCAAACAUUAAAAGUAGGGUGAACCGUCAAUCUGUUUUAGGUGCAAUUACAUCUGCCCAACAACGACUAAAGCUCUAUAACAAGGUUCCUCCAAACGGACUGGUGCUUUACACUGGAACCAUUGUAACUGAUGAUGGAAAGGAGAAGAAGGUGACAAUUGAUUUCGAGCCUUUCAAGCCUAUAAAUGCAACUCUCUAUCUCUGUGACAACAAGUUCCAUACAGAAGCUCUGAAUGAACUUCUAGAAUCUGAUAGUAAGUUUGGAUUUAUUGUCAUGGAUGGAAAUGGAACACUUUUUGGGACAUUGAGUGGCAAUACCAGAGAGGUUCUUCAUAAAUUCACUGUUGAUCUCCCAAAGAAACAUGGAAGAGGAGGGCAGUCAGCAUUGCGUUUUGCUCGUCUCCGGAUGGAGAAGAGGCACAACUAUGUGAGGAAGACUGCAGAACUUGCCACACAGUUCUUUAUCAAUCCUGCCACCAGUCAGCCCAAUGUUUCAGGAUUGAUACUUGCGGGAUCUGCAGACUUUAAAACUGAGCUGAGUCAGUCUGAUAUGUUCGACCCCCGUCUCCAGGCGAAAAUUUUGAAUGUUGUUGAUGUUUCUUAUGGGGGAGAAAAUGGUUUCAAUCAAGCGAUCGAGCUUUCUGCAGAGAUCCUCUCUAAUGUGAAAUUUAUACAGGAAAAGCGCUUGAUUGGCAAAUACUUUGAUGAGAUUAGUCAGGAUACUGGUAAGUAUGUGUUUGGUGUAGAUGACACCUUGAAAGCUCUUGAGAUGGGUGCUGUUGAGAUUCUCAUUGUAUGGGAGAACCUUGAUGUUAAUAGGUAUGUGCUUAAGAACAGUGCUACAUCUGAAAUAGUGAUAAAGCACCUAAACAAAGAGCAGGAGACCGAUCAAAGUAAUUUCCGGGAUGCUGAAACCAACGCUGAACUAGAGGUUCAGGAAAAGCUGUCUUUGUUGGAGUGGUUUGCUAAUGAAUACAAAAAGUUUGGCUGUACUUUGGAGUUUGUUACCAACAAAUCACAAGAGGGAUCUCAGUUUUGCAGGGGAUUUGGUGGAAUUGGAGGGAUCCUCCGCUACCAGCUUGAUAUUCGGUCCUUUGAUGAGCUUUCGGAUGAUGAACUCUAUGAAGAUUCCGAUUAGGUGCCAGUCAACUUUCUCUAAUCCAGUGCAGAAGAAGCAUAGGGUGUGCUGCAACUCCUGCUAGCCAUUUAUACUUCUGAUGCUCAAAUACUUAUAUUAUGCAUAUACUCGAAGUUUGAGUUGAAGCUGUAUGUGGAUGAUUUUGCUGUGUCACAAAGGAUGGAAAUUUUCCAUUCCUUUCUUUCUGUGCUUGUCGCAGACUUUAGCUUGCUUUCCUUUUCUUUUCAAAUGUCCUGUGGGGAUUUUCAGGAUUAGACUUUUGGUCAUGUGUUAGAAUUUAAAUCUGGGAUUUAAAAUUUUCUUUCUUUUA